AUGAAAAGAAAGAUGCAACUUGUCUACUUGACUUUGAGAAUGGUUGUGGCUCGCCAGAAUUCACUAGGAUAUGGUCUGAGGGAGUCUCAGAACUCUUUAGAGGCCAGGCUCUACAAAAAUUGGAUUCCUACCCACAAAUCAUGGUCUAGUUUCCUAUCUAAUAAUAUCGAAGAGUCCUGUGAUAGCAGUAGUGACUAG